AUGGGUUCGCGAAGACAGCGUGAGCUGCUCUCUUUCAUCAGCCGGCUGUUGAAUAAUUCACACACGCACCCGCACCCACACACCGUCCUAGACUGCGACGGUGAUACACCACUGCACGACGCCGUCUCCGGGGAGAACCUCGCCAUGGUGGAACUGCUUUUGGCCAAUCGAGCAGACCUCGCGAUAACUAAUAGCCUCGGGCACAACUGCCUCCACCACGCCGCCAUGAUGGGCAAUCCCACGUAA